ACGUGCGUGAUAACGUAUUGUAAACUAGAGAAAGGAAAAAGGAGACACAAAAUAGAGGGGAAGAAGAGAGAGAGAAAUUCUAUUAAUAUGUGUGUUUACAAAUAUUUGAGACUCUAUUUAUAGAGUUUUCAUACAUGGUGUCCAAAUAAUAAGGUCCCACUAAAGUGGGGCAUCUACCAAAUAAACUUCCGUUUAUAUUGACAUAAUCCGUUGACAUGAUUAUAUUGACAUAUGUCAAAAAAGAGACCAGUUGAGUGGGACCGGAGAUGGUAAAUUAGGGCCGGACAAAGCAUAAAGCCUUUAACGGUCAUUCCAUCACGGCCCAAUCUCAAAAAGCUUUCCUUAAACAGUUACAGACGAACUUAGGCAGGUCUGGGACUUCCAAAGUUCCAAUUGAACAAGGAUUCUCUCUGUAUAUAUAUAAAGAGUUGCAUACCGUAGAGUUUCUGGAAUAGUCUAAUAGCAAUGGAGAAGAAACGCAAAGUAAAGCCUCCUUCAUGCAAAGUUCACGGAUCAUCAUCGUCAACAAAAAAAUCAAAGGCAAAGCUACCAAAGAAAACCAAGAAAACAGCCAAUUCAUGUAUUAAACUUGUCCAAGAUAUCUGGUUAAAAGAAUCGAAGAACAAGAAUUUUGUAUUCUCUCCGAUCUCAAUAGACAUUGCUCUAGGUUUACUAGCUUUUGGAGCAACUGGUGAUACCUUAAAUCAGAUACUAGGCUUCCUCAAUUCUGAGUGCGUUAAUGAUCUGAUUUCUAUUCAUGCUGAACUCAUCCACAUGCUUGGAAAAACCCAAACACGAACCGGACCUAAACUGUCUUUCGCUGGUGGCGUUUGGGUUGACAUAUAGUGUGUCCUAUAAAACCUUCAUUCCAAGAAGUUGCUCGUGCAGUUUACAAAGCCGAAGCCGAAACCGUGGAUUUCGUAAAUAAGAAAAGGAAACCAAUGGAUUAGUCAAAAAUCUUCUUCCUGAUGGAGCAGUAGAUGAACUUACAAGAUUUAUAUUGGGGAAUGCACUCUAUUUCAAAGGAUCUUGGAGUGAAUAUGUUCGAUUUGAACCAUCUCUAACUGAGAUGUCAAAGUUCCAUCUCCUGGAUGAGAAAAAAACAGUGCAAGUUCCCUUCAUGUCUUCUACAGAAGAUCAAUAUAUCAAGUGUUAUGAUAACUUUAAAGUACUGAAACUGCCGUAUAAAAGGGAUUGGGAAACCCCUCCACGUUUUUCUAUGGACUGGAAAAUCCCUCCACAUUUUUCUAUGUACAUAAUUUUACCAGAGCAGCGCAAUGGGCUCGGCCAACUUAUAGAAGAAGUGAGCUCUGAUUCUGCUUUUCUCGAUCAUUAUCUCGAAGUUUGGAGGCGGGUUCCAACAACAGAAUUCAAGAUUCCCAAAUUUAAAAUCUGUUUCGAUUUUGAAGCAAAACGAGUUCUAAAGAAAAUGGGACUAGUUUUACCUUUUGAUAACUCAAAGGCGGAGCUGACUGAGAUGUUCGAUGACUCAAUGACAGAAUUGACUGAGGUGCUGAAUACUGAUGAAUCGAAGGCAGAGUUGACUGAGAUGCUGUAUACUGGAAGUAAGCUUCAUGUCACAGGGGUUUUUCACAAGUGUUUUGUUGAAAUUGAUGAAGAAGGAACUGAGGCUGCCGCUGCUACUGCUAUUGUGGGGGGUGCUUUUUUUUAUUGCUCCCCUCCUACUCCGCCUCCUCCCGUCGCUUUUGUGGCAGAUCAUCCUUUCAUGUUUAUUAUUAGAGAGGAAGAAAGUGGUGCAGUGUUGUUCAUGGGACAUGUCCUUAAUCCUUCAUCAAACUAG